AUGCGUACCCCAGCCAAGACCAAAGCACUCGGAAAGAGAGCUCCGUUCCCUCGCCGAGCUUUCUCGCCAAGCCCACCAGACCCAAAAGCACAAUUUCAGGCCUCCUCAACAAAAGCGUCUUCUGAUGCUAAGCCUUCGGUCAAAAAGGCUAUUAAGCCUUCGACCAAAAAGGCUAUUAAGCCUUCGAUCAAAAAGGCUACUAACCCUUCGACCAAAAACGCCACUAAGUCUUCGACCAAAAAGGCCAUUAAGCCUUUGAUCAAAGAAGUCACAAAGCCUCUGCAGAAGACUCCAGCUCGCUCGGCCGUGGCCUCAGCUAAAGCUCCCUCGAGUGUCAAAUCCUCCGGGACUCCAAUUCCCAAGGCUGCUCCAGCCGGCUCAAGUGGGCGCCACACAACCCAGGCCCCGCCAAGUGGAGGAAAGGGAUCCGCCGCCACCACCAGACGCGGCAAAAGUCAUGUUGAUCGUAAAGUUGCCACUCCAUCCGCUUCAAAGGCGCCUGUUAAGGCCGCCACUGUUUCAGUCGGAACAUCAAACCGCAGUGGGAUUCGUAAGGCUGCCACCCCAUCUGCCUCAAAGGCGAGUGCUAAGGCCGUUGCUCCAGUCGGGACUUCGAAUCGCAGUGGGAUUCGUAAGACUGCCCGCCGCGAUUCCGCCAUGGAUCCAAAAUUGGUCAUCAAGGGAUCACGCACCAAGAAAAAUAAAAUCAUCUUUGACCCCACCAACUAA